CAGUCAGUACAUGAAUAAUGCGGGCUGCAGCACGCGGUAAAGACGCGAAAUAACGUGUCUUUGCGGAGUUACAGCGCGAGCGGAGGAGCUGCGGCCGGAACCUUUCUCCUCGGAACCUGUUGUCAGCCGGAAGCUUUGCGAGAGCACACACGCCGCACAGUGUCUGGGACGUUCCAGGCUUCCGCCCGGUGUUGUGAGAAGAUGGUGCGUAGCAGGAGCAGGUCCCCGGACCGGCGUAGAGAGCGCAGGCGUUCCAGAUCCGCCUCUAGGGAGCGUGAGAGAAGACGACGAGAGCGAUCCAGAUCCCGGGAGAGACGGAGAAGCCGCUCACGAUCUCCGCACAGACGCCGCUCCAGGUCGCCACGCAGGCUCAGGUCCAGCUCUCUCUCGCCGGGUAGACUGAAGGACGAUAAAAAGGAUGGUAAAGACUCAAAAGUAGUCAAGGAACGGCAGAUAACAGAGGAGGAGCUUGAGGGAAAAACGGAAGAGGAGAUUGAAAUGAUGAAAGUGAUGGGUUUUGGCUCAUUUGACACCACCAAGGGGAAAAAAGUAGACGGCUCCGUUAAUGCAUAUGCCAUAAAUGUGUCUCAAAAGAGAAAAUACAGGCAAUACAUGAACCGAAAAGGAGGGUUCAACAGACCUCUGGACUUUAUUGCGUGAUCUGUGAGAACAGUAUGUUUGGACCAUGUACAGUAUGUAUACUUGGGACACUUCAUGUGUGACGUAUAUCCCUCUACACCGCCACUGUGUGGACCUGACACAACAGAGAGCUCUAUCAUGUAGUUGUGUCUUUGCUCCUGCUGGGUCUAGCCUCAUGGUGAAAAUGUAUGUGGACCUGUCCCAGUGGUUUAGGAUUCUGGACCCAUUUCCUUGUGAGAGGUUAUGUUGUUGCUCAGGAUUGUUUGGCAUAUUGUUGCAUUCCUUUGUUUUAUUGAUAGUGUAUUUUUUUUUUUUUUUGUGUUGUCCCCUAUUUUUUUCUCCCACCCAUCCUAAAUAUUGACUAAUAAAAGAUUUUAUUAUGCAA